AUGGACGACAUGAAUAAUUACGAUGAGUUCGGAAAUUACAUAGGGCCAGAAAUCGAUUCAGAGGAAGAAGACAAUGUGUAGAUUGAAGAGGAAUAAAUGGCUGAGAAUGACCAAGAACAUGUAAUAGCAAAUAGAGUGUACAUACCUAAUCAAUAAGUUGCAGUCAUUCUUAAUGAAGACAAAUAAUACUAUCCAGAUGCAUAACAAGUGUAUGGUCGAGAUGUUGAAAUCAAUGUGCAAGAAGAGGAUGCUUAGCCAAUAACUCAGCCAAUGAUUGCUCCAUUAAAAUCAAAGGAAUUUGAUAUCUAAGAGACACAGAUACCUCAAACUACUUUCGACUAUGAGUUUCUGUGUCGUAUUUCUAAGAAUCCAGCUUUGGUAAGAAAUGUUGCAAUUGUAGGCGGUCUGCAUCAUGGUAAGACAUCAAUGAUGGACGUCUUUGUUAAGCAAACUCAUCUUAAGCAAUUUAGUUUGUAGAAAGACAUCCGAUACACCGAUACUCGUCAAGAUGAAUAAUAGAGAUUGAUCUCCAUCAAGGCAAUCCCUAUGAGUUUAUUGUUACCAAAUAGCAAAGAUAAAUCAUAUUUGAUAAAUCUCUAUGACACUCCUGGACAUGUGAACUUCAUGGACGAGGUGUGUUGUGCCUUACGAGCCAGUGAUGCCAUGUUGCUCAUUAUUGAUGUGAUUGAAGGAGUCAUGAUGACUACUGAAAUGCUAAUCAAGGCGGCUGUCAAGGAGAAGAUGCCUAUUGUAGUCGUGAUAAACAAAAUAGAUAGAUUAAUCAUUGAGUUGAAGUUGCCACCUUCAGAUGCCUAUUUGAAGAUCAAAAACAUACUUGAUGAAGUCAAUAUCAUUAUAUCCGAUAAUGGAGGUAAUUAGAUCAUAUCACCUCUCAAUCAUAAUGUGGUAUUUGGUUCAGGUUUAUUUUAAUUUGUUUUUACAAUCUAGAGUUUUGCAAGGAGAUAUAACAAUUUCUUAAAUCCAGAACAAUUCACUCGUCUAUUAUGGGGAGACAUCUACUACGAUAAUAAAGAAAAGAAAUUUGUUCGACAUUUGUUGAGUUUAUUUUAGAACCCAUAUAUAAGUUAUUUGGGUAAGUGGUUUCUAAGGAUAAGGAACAAUCUAGAACCGUUCUUAUUGAGCCAAGGGAUAUCUCUCAAAAAAAGUGAAUUCAAAAUGGACACUAGACCAUUACUGAAAUUGGUUUGUUCUAUCUAUUUUGGUAAUACCUCUUCUUUAGUUGAUGUACUAGUGGAGUAAGUCCCUAAUUCUCAGGAAGGUAGUAAAAGGAAAAUGGAAUUAUAUUAUUAGGGUGACAAAUCGAAAUAAUCAUUUAUUCAAGCAUCUCAAGGUUCACACAAGGGACCAUUAUGUAUAAAUGUUGUGAAAUUGUACAGUAGACCAGAUUGCAUGAGUUUCGAUGCUCUGGGGAGAGUGGUCAGUGGAACUAUUAAAAAGGGAUAGAAUGUUAAAUUAUUAGGAGAAAAAUAUAAUAUAGAUGAUGAAGAGGAUAUGGCAAUCAGGAAUAUCAAGAACAUAUAUAUCUAUCAAGGUAGAUAUAGAGUAGAAGUGAAUAAAGUGCCUGCAGGAAAUUGGGUGUUGAUUGAGGGCAUUGAUUAAUUUAUUAGCAAGAGUGCUACUAUUACAGAGGAUUCUUAACAGAUGGACAUCUUGAGACCUAUUUAACAUAACAUUUUAGCGACUAUGAAGAUUGCCAUAGAACCAUUAGUUCCAAGUGAAUUACCUAAAAUGUUAGAAGGUCUACGUAAGGUAACUAAGAGUUAUCCUAUUUUGACAACUAAAGUGGAAGAAUCUGGAGAACAUAUUCUAUUAGGAACAGGUGAAUUAUAUUUGGAUUGUGUUAUGCAUGAUUUAAGAAAAAUGUAUUCAGAAAUAGAAAUUAAAGUAUCAGAUCCAUCAGUUCGUUUUUGUGAAACUGUUAUUGAAACAUCAUCAAAAACAUGUUAUGCAGAUACUCCCAAUAAAAAGAAUAGGAUUAAAGCAUUGGCAACUCCAUUAGACAAAGGUUUGACACCUUAAGAUAAGGGUUUGGCUGAGAGAAUUGAGAAUGAAGAGAUUGAUUUAUCAUGGCCUAAGAAUAAAUUAACCGAAUAUUUUAAAUCCAAUUUUAAUUGGGAUAUAAUUUAGAGUAGAUCUGUGUGGGCAUUCGGUCCAGAGAAAACGGGACCCAAUGUAUUUCUAGAUGAUACUCUACCAUCUGAAACAAACAAAUAGUUAUUAACUGAAGUCAAAGACUAUAUGAUUUAAGGUUUUUAAUGGGCAACCAGAGAAGGUCCUUUGUGUGAUGAGCCAAUCAGAAAUGUGAAAUUCAAGAUCAUCGAAGCCAACAUUGCUAAUGAACCCAUUUAUAGAGGAGGUGGUUAAAUAAUCCCCACAACAAGAAGGGUGUGCUAUUCUUCAUUCCUUAUGGCAACCCCAAAAAUCAUGGAACCAAUGUUAUUAACAGAAAUUAUGUGUUUCCAAGACUGUAUUCCUGCCAUCCACAAUGUUCUAUUAAGAAGAAGAGGACACAUCUUAUCAGAAUAGGCAAAGCCAGGCACACCAUUCUCAGUUGUGAGAGCCCACAUUCCAACGAUUGAUCACUUUGGAUUUGAAACUGAUCUUAGAGUACACACUUCAGGAUAAGCCUUCUGUUUAAGUGUUUUCGAUCAUUGGUCAUUAUUACCAGGAGAUCCUUUAGAUAAAACCAUAGUGCUUAAGCCUUUAGAGCCAGCACCUUCAAAUCAUUUGGCCAGAGAAUUCAUGAUCAAAACUAGGAGAAGAAAGGGUUUGAAUGAAGAUGUGUCUAUUUUGAAAUUCUUUGAUGAUCAGUUCUUAAUUGAUUCACUCAAACAAGACAAAGACUAUUAAUAGUAUAUUUGA